UCCACUGAGUUGGCUUGGGAUAUGAGAAAAAUAUAGGAGAGUGAUUUUGAAACAAGUGUUUCCAUUCUAAAAUCCGUUGAAAUGGAACUGGAGGCAGUAAAUCUAAGCCAGAUUUGCCGGACAUGUAAAUGUGUCGCGCCCCAGAUGCGGUCCCUCUUCGAAGGGUACGAAAAUGCACAUCAGAGUCCCCGUAUUGACGAGAUGCUAAUGGCCUGUACUUCAGUUCAGGUGAUGCUGGGAGACGGCCUGCCAGCACAAAUGUGUCAGAUGUGUGUGGAACAACUCAAAAACGCUUUUCUUUUCAAACGUCAAUCCGAAAAAAUAGAUGCCAGUUUAAGGGAGUACGCAAAAAAUGUUAAAGUUAACGAAAUAAAGCAGGAGUUGCAGAAUUCCGACUUCAUGGAAUCCUUAAACACCUUAAACAACCUGCUAAACGAACAGUCCUCCUCUAAGGUAAACAAUGCAGACACUUCGAUGCCUUCCAUUGCUCCCAAAAUCGAGACGGACUACAUCCAGUUCCUGGAUAACAACCAGAUGCUCCUCACGUGCCGUGAAUGCGCAAAGAUUUUCACUACCCUGGAAGGUCUGCGGUGCCACAAACGCAUUCACACGGGAGAAAUGUACAAGUGCAAGCAGUGCGACAAGGCGUACACGAGAUUGAACCACCUUCAACGGCACGAGCAGUCGCAUACCCGUAGGAAGGUGCACGUGUGCAGGAUCUGCAGUAAGACGCUGACGCGGAUGGAGCACCUCAAGAGGCACCUGGUGACGCACUUGAGGGAGAAGCCGUUUUCGUGCAAUACUUGCAAUAGGGGCUUUAACAGGAUAGAGCAUUUGCAGAACCAUACGCCUAGGUGCAAAGGCGACAUCGUCUACCCUUGCAACAUCUGCAACAAGGCGUUCAACAGAGUAGACAGUCUCGAGGUUCACAAAACCAUGCACGACAACCAGCAGCCCGAACUACCCACCAUCGAAAACUUGGACAACAUAGAGGACCACUACUACCAGAUCGACCAAGAUGCUGAUGCUGUAUUCUCCGAUCACUCGGACAUAGACGACUGUUUUGAACCCCAGGUGGAGGUGACGGAGAGCCUAGAUGAUGAUCACAUCAAAGAAGUGGCAGAAAUGGGCUUACCUGAUGAAGAGAGCAACGCCAGCGAAGCUUCCGUGGCGGGCGGAGACAAGGAUAACGACAUCGAUAGCAGUUUGGAUAAAACGGUGGAAAAUAUCGAAAACGAGGAAGGGGAAGACAACAAAGACGUGAAAGUAGAGGAUAGUUUGGAAGAAGUAGAGAAUUUCCCAGUGGACGACGAUAAUAUCGCAGAUGUCGUCAAUGACGUCGGCGAAGACUCUUGCGACAGUGCAGACUCCGAGUACCUCCCCAAGAAACUCGUAUCUCCGAAAAUAAAACGCGGCCGGGGCAGGCCGCGCAAGAACCCCGAUGCUCCGCCAAGACCGAGAGUGAAGGUCCCGGGCAGGGGUCGAGGUCGUCCCCCCACCAAAGGUGUCAAGAAAGAAGAAAAGGACGAGGAGUACGGUGAGUUCCCUUGCCCGGCUUGUCAGGAAAUGUUCAACACGAUGAGUUCGCUCGAUAAACACGCCAGGAUUAAACACGAGGGCUUGAAGGUGCACAAGUGCAACGUGUGCAAGAAGGAAUUCAGCAGGGCCAAUCACCUGAAGAGGCACGUCACCUCACAUUCUAGCGUUAAGCCUUUCCGCUGUCACGUGUGUACUAAGAGUUUCAAUCGAAGGGAUCACUUGAAUCAGCACCAGAAACUGCACGAGAGGAGUAACGAUUUCGAGUGCGACAUUUGCCAGAAGACGUUCAAUCGAGCGGACCUUUUGGCAAAGCACAGAGCCUCAAAGCAUGGCAUCGGAGAAAAGAUCAUGGGCGAGAAGAAAUAUGAGUGUCCGCUGUGCCACAAGAGCUUCACGACGGAGAAAUACCGAGACGUUCACGUCAACGGGCACAACGGACAGAAAGAGUACCAGUGCAGGGUGUGCGAAAAAACCUUUCUCUCGAAAUCCCACCUCACCGAGCACAUGAAAUUCCACAACGAGCAUGCCAAGAAAUUUCUUUGCUCGGAGUGCGGCCAACGGUUCAUCAGAAACGAUUAUUUGGUUAUCCACAUGCGUAGGCACAGGGGAGAGAAGCCGUUCAAGUGUAAAUACUGCGGAAAAGGCUUUCCGAGGACGACAGAUUUGACAGUACACGAACGGUACCACACUGGGGAAAAGACCCACUUGUGUACGAUAUGCGGAAGAGGAUUUGGAAGGGCUUACAACUUGACAGUACACAUGAGGACCCACACCGGAGAAAAACCGUAUCAGUGCACGUACUGCGAUGCGGCUUUCGCGCAAGGCAAUGAUCUUAAGGCUCACAUCAGACGACACACGGGCGAAAGGUUCCAGUGCGAAUUGUGCAGCGACAGUUUCCUCAUGGGUUAUCUGCUCACGCAGCACAAACGGACUGUUCAUGGUUUGAAUGUCGUGAGCAACAUCCGACGUCUGCAGCCCGUCCACAAGCAGGAAAACCCGGACGAGCCACCUCCGAUCACCAUACCCCUGCCUAAGCCAGUAGUGCCGGAAAACAUCAUGUUCAAUGCCAUGCACGUCAACGCCAUGCAUGCGAACACGUUGCAUGCGCAACUGACGGUGGCGCAGUUUCACCUUAUUGGCUUGGGUUGUGACGAAAAUAAAUGGAGUAAUUCGCAAACAAGCCCUCCCGUUGCAAAAGCGGACGAAAUGGAAUUGGAAACGUUAAAUCUGACCCAGAUUUGCCGGACAUGUAAAUGCGUUGCGCCCCAGAUGCGAUCCCUCUUCGAGGGGUACGAAAAUCUGCAACAAAGUCCCCGUAUUGACGAGAUGCUAAUGGCCUGUACUUCUGUUCAGGUAAUAUGUGGCGACGGUCUACCUGCCCAGAUUUGUCAGGUAUGUGUGGAACAACUCGAGAAUGCUUUUCUAUUCAAACGGCAAGCCGAAAGAAUAGAUGCCAGUUUAAAAGAGUACGCGAAAAAUGUAAAAGUUAACGAAAUUAAGGAGGAACUGCAAAAUUCUGAUUUUAUGGCGAGAAACGAUCUUUCAGAAUCCCUAAACACUUUGAGCAACCUUCUAAAUGAACAGGUCAAAGAAACCGACCAAGAACCGUCCGUCUCUCCUAUCCCGAAAAUCGAGACCGACUACAUCCAGUUUCUGGACAACGACCAGAUGUUGCUGACCUGUCGCGAAUGCUCGAAAAUUUUCAGCACGAUAAAAGGGUUGCGGUGGCACAAACGCGUCCACACCGGCAACUUGUACAAGUGCGGUAAGUGCGACAAACAAUACACGAGACUGAACCACUUGCAAAGGCACGAAGAAUCGCACACGAGGAAAAAAGUGCACGUGUGCAAGAUCUGCAGUAAGACACUGGUAAGGAUGGAGCACCUCAAGAGGCACCUGGUGACCCACUUGAAGGAGAAACCGUUCUCUUGUACGACCUGCAACAGGGUGUUCAGCAGGGUGGAGCACCUGCACAAUCAUACGCCGAGGUGCAAAAGGGACAUCGUUUACCCUUGCGACACCUGCAACAAGGCGUUCAACCGGGAGGAUAGCCUCGAAGUGCACAAAAAAAUGCACGACAACCAACCCAAGCUACCCACUAUCGAAAACCUCGACAAUAUUGAGGAGCACUACUAUCAGGUCGAUCAAGACGUCGAAGCCGUAUUUUCCGACUACUCCGAUGUAGACGAUUGUUUCGAACCCCAAGUGGAGGUGACGGAGGGCUUAGAAGACGAUCAUAUCAAAGAAGUGGUGGAAACAGGCUUGAACGAUGAUGAAAGCAACGCCAGCGAGGCUUCCAUGGGCGGUGGUAACGAUAACGAUAACGACAACAGCGUGGAGAAAGUAACCGAGUGCCUAGAAAAUGAAGAAGUCGACGAUAAGAAGGAUGUGAAGGUGGAGGAUGCCUUGGAGAUGAAGGAUGAUAUUAUAGAGGUCGAAGAUAAUGCAAUCGACAUUGAACGUGAUGCUGGGGAAAACUCCGGGGAUACCACGGAUUCCGAAUACCUCCCCAAAAAGAGCUUAUCUCCGAAAAUCAAACGGGGUCGUGGCAGACCGCGCAAAAAUCCCCUAAAACCCCUGAAAAUUAAGGUGCCGGGCAGGGGCAGGGGCCGACCGCCCGUGAAAAUCAAAAAAGAGGAGAAAGACGAGGAAUACGGGGAGUUCCCUUGCCCGGCUUGUCAAGAAAUAUUCAACACGAUGAGUGCGCUCGACAAACACGCCAGAAUAAAACACGAGGGGCUGAAAGUUUACAAAUGCGGCGUGUGCAAGAAGGAAUUCAGCAGGGCCAAUCACCUGAAGAGACACGCCACCACCCACUCCACCGUUAAGCCUUUCCGCUGUCUCGUGUGUACGAAGAGCUUCAACCGAAGGGAUCAUUUGAAUCAACACCAGAAGUUGCACGACAAGAGCAACGCUUUCGAAUGCGACAUUUGCCACAGAACGUUUAGCCAGUCCGACCAUCUGGCGAGGCAUAAAGCCUCGAAACACGGCUUCAGAGAUAAGAUCAUGGGCGAGAAGAAGUACGAAUGUCCCCUGUGCCUUAAGAGAUUCACGACUGAGAAAUACCGGGACAUCCACGUUAACGGCCACAACGGGCACAAGGAAUACCACUGCAAGGUGUGCGAGAAAUUGUUCCUGUCCAAGUCGCACCUCACCGAGCACAUGAAAUUCCACAACGAACAUUCCAAGAAGUUCCUCUGCUCGGAGUGCGGCCAGCGGUUCAUCAGGAACGAUUAUUUGGUUAUACACAUGCGCAGGCACAGGGGGGAGAAGCCGUUCAAGUGUAAAUAUUGCGGAAAAGGUUUCCCGAGAACAACGGAUUUGACGGUCCAUGAAAGGUACCACACCGGUGAAAAGACCCACCUGUGCACGGUCUGUGGAAGAGGAUUUGGAAGGGCCUACAAUCUAACAGUACACAUGAGGACCCACACUGGCGAGAAACCGUAUCAGUGCACAUACUGCGACGCCGCUUUCGCGCAAGGAAACGAUCUUAAGGCUCACAUCCGGAGGCACACGGGGGAACGCUUCCGAUGCGACCUGUGUAGCGACAGCUUCCUCAUGGGGUAUAUGCUCACCCAACACAAACGAACGGUUCAUGGUCUAAAUGUCAUCAGUAACAUUCGUCGGCUCCAACCCGUUCACAAACAGGAAAAUUUCGACGAGCCUCCUCCGAUAACGAUUCCUUUGCCGAAGCCGGUGGUGCCGGACAACAUGGUGUUCAAUGCCAUGCACUCGGAUAGUUUGCACGCUCAACUGGCCGUGGCACAGUUUCAUCUGACUAGGGAGUAGGAUAGUAAUGACGGAAUAUUUUGUAAUGAUACACUUGCCUUUUGUACAUAAAUAUAGGGAGGUCAUUUUAUUAUAAUAAUAGUAAUAAUAAUCCCAUAGGUAUAUAGGGUGUAGCUUCGAAUGGGGGUCAUAUUUAUAGGGAGGCUAUCUUUAACAUUCAGAAACACAAGUUUGUUUCCUUAAUUCCGGUAUGGGGACUGUUUUUUUUUUAAUAAGCAAUCACUUGCUUGCUGUCUGCCUUGCGCCCUGUUGUCAUAUCUCAUCAGGUGGAUUGAUAUCAAAUAGUUCACUUAAGAGGGCUCUAUAGCAAAUAGCCAACCAUUUUUAUAGAUUUUA